AUGGAGGAUUUGGUCAAGACUGCUAGACUCUACUACAGUAAAAGCUCACCAGACAUCAAACAAGCAGCACACAAUUUUUUCAAUUCACUCGACAACAACAACGACGGGAAGGUGAGUCUCCAUGAAUUUCUAUGGUUUAUGCGGCAGGAAGGCCACACGAAAAUGAGCAAUCGCCAUUUCUUCAACGAACUGGACAAAGACGGGAGUGGAAACCUAGAAUUCAUGGAAGUUAUGGCUCUUUACUACGUAAUCAAAAGUGGGAGGCCAUUUUGUAGUGGGUGCGAUAAGUUUAUUCCGGGAAUGUAUUUCGCUUGCAAAAAAUGCUUCGAAAAUGGCCACAACUCGUUUUGCGUUUGUCCAGAGUGUUACGAUGAUGAACUUUUUCUUCAUGAGCAUGUCCAGUUCUUGGAUAACUAUGCUUUGUUGGAAGCCAGGAGAAUGCAAGGGAUUGCUACUUAUUCGAACCAGCACAAGCCAAGCUCAUCUGUUACCAUUACUGAACUUGAUCCAACAUCCACAACAAAUGCUGUUGUUCGUUAUGAACGACCCAAACCAAAAUUGGGGCAUUUUGCGUACAAAGCGGCUGAAAUGGGGUUGAACCUGUUUAACACUGCAUUGAACGCAUCUUCACGGCUCAGCUGUACCAUUAUGUGA